AUGCGUGUUUAUGAAGUGUUACUGUACUUUGUUGUGGUCCCUACAUCUGCAUGUCGAACUAACCUUUUAGAAGCGCUCGCUCGGGAAGUGAAAGCUCUCAGAAAAGAGAAUGAGGAAAUCAGAAAGGAAUUGGCCGAGCUGCGUGAAACCAUCGAAAGAUUCGCGCGCAUGAAUGCCAUCCCAGCUAAGGCAAGCGAGAAGACCGAAAAAACACCACCAGCCAAUGAGACAAAAGAGCCUGCUGCUGCUGAUGAAGACUUUGAUCUCUUCGGCUCUGACGACGAAGAAGAGGACGCAGAAAAGGCUAAAGUAGUGCAGGAACGUCUUAAAGCUUAUGCUGAGAAGAAG